CGUCGCUAUCGCUACGACAACGAUACAAGAUACGACACGGCACCGACCGCGAACGGUUUGCGCCGACGCCGUCGACGCGCACCGGGACGCGGGUCGACAAGUUCAACAACGGGCAAAGUUUGCGACGGAUGCAACUUCGUUCAGGUCGAAACUGCGCGCGCGCACGUGCCUCGAACAUAACCUCGCGACUCGUGAUUGGUAGCGCGCGACUGUCAAACGCACUUGUCAAACGUCAUCUGUCAUCUCGCUAUCUCGAGUGUUUACGCGUAGAAUCACGAAUCCCAUCGCCGCGACGGUAAUGGUCCUCGAUUUGCGGUAAUCUUUAUCUCGACUCGCAUGAAUCUUAAUUUCAAAAAGUGUGCUCAAUUAUCAAUAAAGUAGUUCAACCUAUUUUUGAAUUACGAUAAUACGCGAAUUUCACGUCGGUGCAUCGAUCACGAAACUAACCUCAUUUCGAUUUCCUUUCGGAUGAGUGCGCGUCAUCGUGUUGUUUGUUGACUCUUUUGCGACAUAAUUGUGCUGCGCGCAAGAUGCGAAGAAAUCGUUGCACCUGAUGUAAAUUGAUAUUCUCUUUCGGAUUUCAGUACUUUUAUCAAUGUUUGUCGGAUGUACGACACAUCCGCAAAUUGAUAGUUCCUGAUAAGCGUAAACAGUUUCGUCCGCGAGGAAAGGGAAACGAAGCGAAAAGGAAGAUGAAGAGAAAGAAAGAAUGACAGAAAGAGAGAGAAAGAGAGAGAGAGAGAGGGCGGAGACGGUGAGUAAGGGACAGAGAGAUGGAGUGCACGUUAUGGUGGCAAAGUGUUUGGGCGUUGCUCUUCGAUACCUGUUGAUCGUUGCUCGCACGUUACUUUCGCGCGCAAUAUCGUUUGUUGUUUUAUUAAUAGUAAUCCGGUUCUUCGGUGUUCUUAUCGUCGUUAUCAUGAAACGACACGGUAAGAUCGGGGACAAACGUUCAUCUCAUGACGUUUCGAUCUCUCUCCUCGCGUCUCGUUUUUUCUCUCUUUCUCUCUCUCUUUCUCUCUUGCUAAUGUUUUUUUCCGCGAUCGAUCGUCGCAACGCAAAUUCAUCAUGUGCCUCUUAUCGCUGAUAAGAAUGUCGCUCUGGAUAUGUAAAGUGUUUCUGGGAUCAAUCUUGUAAACUCGUCACAAUCGUUAAAUGGUGAUGGGCAAAGGUGAGGAGAGGAACGGCACGACAGCGCACGCAGGAGAAUCAACCUUCCUGGCGAAGAGCUCGAGCGAGGCGAGCAAGAUGCUGGAGGCCGCGCUGCUUCAGAUGGAUGAUAUUAUUUCCGGUGCUUGCGCGGAAAGCUCAACCGAAAGCGGAAGCUCGGAAUGGAAGAACUCGGUGAAGGAGGCGGCGAGGAAUCUCGUGACCGCGAUAAAGAGCGCGCCGUCACCGCCCCCGCCGCCCGACGCCGCUACCGAGGAUAUCCUGUUGCAAUGGAUGCAACCGGAACGACUGAGAAAACUGGAAAGCGAACGCGGAGCGCUGCAUAUGGAAGUGUCAGUUCUGUCUGAGCAAGUCGACGCACAAUCAAGUAAGAUUCAAGAGUUAGAGAGCAUGCUUCAGGAGAAGAAAGAUACUUUGAGGCAGAUGGAAGAGGCAUUGCAGAAGGAAGUUUUAUCGAGAAGCGCUCUGGAGACGCAAAAGCUUGAACUUCUCACCUCCUUGUCUGAAAUGAAACUCAGGCAAGCUAGUUUGGAGCAUGAGAAUUUGGCACUGCGUAGCACAAGUCCUUUAUCAAAUGGCGAAAGAUUUAGCAGACAUACGGGUCAAUAUAGUAGUCUUCCUAGGCCACCGACAUCCAAGAAAGGAGUUGCAUUUGGUAAGGUUCCAAAUUUAGUCUCGGGAGCGCAUACGACGGUACCCUUGGCUGUUAGGGGAAUCGCCGCGAGAUGCCUGUCUGCUCCUAUUCUAGCGGAGGAAGCAAAAAUUGUGAUCUGUGAGGCAAAUGCGGAACCGCCGCCGUCGAAACCGCUCGCGGAACUUACUAUGGAGGAAAUCGGCGAUUGGUUGGCUCGCCUCGGUUUGGAAUGUUAUACUGCCGAACUGAGGCGAUGGGGUGCCACUGGACCAAAGUUGCUUGAUGCCACGCAGGUUCAACUGGAAAAGGAGUUGGACAUGAAGAAUAUCUUACACAGGAAAAAGCUCCUUUACGCCAUCGAAUCGGAGCGAAGCAACGGCGCUGGAUUUCUCGGUUCUGACAAGAUGGACAACGGGGCUGUGUUACGGUGGUUGGAUGACAUUGGCCUACCGCAACACAAAGAAGCUUUCCAUCUCGCAAAAGUUGACGGUAGAGUUCUGCACAGACUGACCACGGAGGACCUACUGAAUCUCGGAGUGACUGCGCAAUUGCAUGCUGCCAGUUUAAGACGCGGAAUUCAGGUUUUACGAGACCUGAAUUUUGAGUUUGACAAUUUGGAAAGAAGAUCCGCGAAUGGAAACGGCGCCGAUGGUAGCAACGUGACUCUCUGGACGAAUCAUCGUGUGAUGGAAUGGCUGCGGGUUGUGGAUCUCGCAGAAUAUGCACCAAACAUGCGCGGCUCUGGCGUACACGGCGGUUUGAUGAUCCACGAAGGUCGAUUCACCUCCGAAUUGCUCGCAACAUUGUUAAGCAUUCCGCCAGCAAAGACUUUACUUCGUAGGCACUUGACGACGCACUUCAAUCAGAUCCUCGGCAGAGAAGUAGUCCAGCAUAAGAGAGAGAUAGAAAGCACACUCGGAUUUGUUCCGCUAACGCUUACCGCCAGGUUAAAGGUACCAAAGAAAUCUCAAUUCACGCUGAAGCGUAAAAAGAGUAAAAAUGAGAUGGAUUUCGGCAAUUUGGUUUGCCCAUUGGAAGCAUCGCCACCAGGUACCCCAUCAACGCCCUCAUCAACACCGGGCAGCCCUAACUUGAACUCACCCACAUUCUAACAAUUAAAGCUUCAUUCGAGUAAUCAUCUAAACUAAUUUAUCUAGAGGAUACUGGGCAAAGAAAAAUUAUAGGUUGCAUAUGAAUGGUGGAUGGAAUUAUACAGCGAUAAAUAUAUAUGUCGGCGUGCAAAAAUAAAUGAAUAUUUAUAUACAUCUAGACAAUUGCCAAAACACGAAAAAACGCCGGAAUCACUCGGGACCAGUUAUCCGUAUCAUGAAUUAUCAUAUUUAAACAUAUACUUUGAUAAAAAUAUACAUAAUCAGAGCUAACUCCAACACCGCCAGUCUCAUUAACAUGAUAAAUUAAAAAAUUGAAUGAUUGAAAAUUGAAUUGCAUAUUUUAGAGAAUAAGUAUUUUUAUUAUCAAUCAUUAAAUUAUAGAUAUGACACAAAUUGGAAAUAAAAAAUGCUGAAUUUGUA